AUGCUGCACCUCAAAGUCCAGUUUCUGGAUGACUCCCAGAAGAUCUUCGUAGUUGAUCAAAAAUCCUGCGGAAAAGGCUUGUUCAACCUCACCUGCAGCCACCUCAACCUGGUGGAGAAGGAAUACUUUGGGCUGGAGUUUUGCAGCCAGGCUGGGAACCAGGUCUGGUUGGAACCACUAAAACCCAUAACAAAGCAAGUCAAAAAUCCUAAGGAGGUUCUUUUCAAAUUUAUGGUGAAAUUUUUCCCAGUGGACCCUGGCCAUCUGAGAGAAGAGCUGACCAGGUACCUCUUCGCCCUCCAGAUCAAGAAGGACCUGGCGCUGGGGCGGCUGCCCUGCAGCGACAAGAGCGCGGCGCUGCUCGUCUCCCUCCUGCUGCAGUCCGAGCUGGGCGACUUCCACAAGGAGACGGACCAGCAGCACCUGGCGACGCACAGGUACCUGCCCAACCAGGAGUACCUGGACAACAAGAUCAUGCGCUACCACCAGAGACACGGUGGGAAGACGCCGGCCGAGUCAGACGUUCAGCUGCUGGACGUGGCCAGGAAGCUGGAGAUGUAUGGGAUCCGCCUGCACCCCGCCAGCGACGGCGAGGGGACGCAGAUCAACCUGGCUGUGACACACAUGGGAGUGCUGGUCCUGCGGGGCAACACAAAGAUCAACACAUUCAACUGGUCCAAAAUCCGCAAACUGAGUUUCAAGAGGAAGCAUUUUCUCAUCAAGCUCCAUGCAAACAUCUCUGCACUGUGCAAGGACACGCUGGAGUUCACCAUGGCCAGCCGGGACACCUGCAAGGCUUUCUGGAAGACGUGUGUGGAGUACCAUGCCUUCUUCAGGCUGUCUGAGGAGCCCAAGUCAAAGCCCAAAGCCCUUCUGUGCAGCAAAGGCUCCAGUUUCCGCUACAGCGGGAGGACACAGCGGCAGCUGCUGGAGCACGGGAGGAAGGCGAAGAUGAAGAGCCUGCCCUUUGAGAGGAAGGACUACGCAUCCCGCUAUGACAAGAGGCAGUGUCGCUCCUCCCCGGACCUCCUGACGGACGUCUCCAAGCAGGUGGAGGAGCUGCGCCUCGUCUACGGCAGCCGGGGGUCCUACCAUGCCAACGGGGUGCACGCCUCCGAGCCCACCCUGGACAGCCGGAGCUCCGCCGUGGAGGUAACGUUCACCACCGAGCUGGAGCGCUCCAAGCCUGAAGCGUCCCCUGCCUUCCUGCCCCACUCCAAGAGCUCCUCGGCCUUCCCCCUGCUCUACGCCGAGCUGGAGCUGGAGCGGGAGUGGGAACCUGCUGACCUUUUCAGCCCCAGGAACCCCUUAACCUCCUUCCGGCCCCACCACCAGUUGGCGGGGAGCAGUAAAAGCACCUCGGUGGGCAACAUGGGGGAGGUGAACCAGCGGCCGCUGGUCUACACGGACGUGCUGUGCCCCCCAACCAUGGCUGCCCCGGCCCCCCAUGUCUUCUUCUACCUGGACAAACCCCCACAGCCCCCAUGCCAGGCGCUGGCACCUGGUGAGGACUCAACCAGUGGACUCAGCCCCGUGGCUACUAAACCCCUCCAGCGCAGCCCAAGUGGGACCCAGGACAGGGAGUGCCACCAGGAGGCCAUGAGCGUGGCCAUGAGCUCCAGCGUGGCCCUGGCAGGGGACAGCAGGUCCCUGGCUCGUUCCUCCAACUAUAACCUCCAGGAGCAGCCUCCCAAGCGCUCUUGGAGCCAGUCGGACAUGAAGACCUUGCGCUUCCCCUACGGCUCCGAGUUCCGGCCGCUGGGGCCGUGCCCCACGCUGAGCAGCCGCAAAAUGGGUGUCCUCCAGCAGAUGGUGGGCCACCAAGGGCUGGGGCUGGGGCCACGGCGCUUAGCCCAACGCUACACGGGCAGCAGCACCGAGUCCAGCGACUCCGACCCCGACCUCCUGGCCACCGACUACGGCUCCCCGUACGGCCGGGCACUGAGGGCACCCAUGGCCCGGGUACGGCUGUCCUCUGGCAGCCUCCAGCUGGAUGAAGAGGAGGAGGAGGAGGUGGCCUUUGCCACCGGGGAGAGAACUUCCUGGGUGUCCUCCAAGUAUUUCACCUAGGUGCCUGGCACUGGCCCAAGGGAGCAGAGGUUGUCAGCACCGACCUAGGGCUGCAGAAGGUUGGCUCCUGCUUGCAGGGCUUCCUGCUUGCAGGCCGUUGGGAUGGGCUAGUGUUGUACGAGUGCCCUUAGCUAUUGAGGAUGUGCUGAUGGACA